AUUGUAUAUUAAUUAUUUUUAACUAAAAAACAAAUAAUGGAGCAAAAAACAAUUUUUGGAGCACCAGGUUUCGAUUUCUCCGAAAUAAAUGCGAUCAAAUUUGCGGAAAUAUGGAAUCAUUUUGACAAGGAUAAGAGCGGAUACAUGGAGGGCAAGGAAUUGGAUCAUUUUGUUGAAGAAGUCGGAACGAAAAUACUGCAAAAGAAACCGACAAAAGAAGAGUUCAAAAGUUUAAAAAAGACUCUAAUGUCCGCGUAUGACCUGGAGAAAAAUGGAAAGAUAUCAAUGGUCGAGCUUGCCCAGAUGCUCCUUCCCAACGAACAAGUAUUUCUUCUAUUAUUCCGAAGAUCUGUUCCUCUAGGCUCAAGUGUCAAAUUCAUGGAGAUUUGGCGAAAAUAUGAUCGUAACCUGAGCGGAUUUCUCACUGUUCCCGAACUUGAGAACUUCGUGACUGAUUUUGUGAACCAAUCUGGUGAAAUGCUACAUCCGAACAAAAUCAAAGAAUAUGCCAAAUCUAUCAUGGAUUUAUACGACCGCAACAACGACGGCCUUUUGGAUUUAAAAGAUUUGGCACAACUUCUUAAUCUUACAGAAAAUUUUCUUCUGAGUUUCCGCAUCGAGGAUUCAUCACAAGAAGAACGAAAAAGGGAUUUCGAAAAAAUAUUCCGUUAUUAUGACGUAGGAAACACUGGUGCUCUUGAAGGAGUCGAGAUCGACGGGUUCGUUAAAGACAUGAUGGAAGUCAUACGGGGUCCUUUAUCGGCAAAUGAAUUGAACCAAUUUAAAGAGGCAGUGAUGAAACAUUCAGAUGCCAACAAAGAUGGAAAGAUACAAAAAGCUGAGCUCGCAGUUUGCUUAGGAAUCCACCUGAAGAAAUGAUGCUGUUCAAAUUUACAUAUAACGCUGUAGUUAUGUGAACUUCUUGCCGUCGUUUUGCUAUUAUUUGCCUAGAAAGAGUUUGCAAUAAUUUAUAAUGAAAUUUAUUUUACCUGUCUUUCUCUCUGAAUAUAGAUCUUCGCCGAUGGUGAUGAUGUUUUUUUCAUUUUAGUUAUUGGUAUAAUCAUGAAUCUAAUUCUACUCAUUGACUAUUUACUGUUGUUGCAAUAUUGUAUAUUUAGUAUUUUGUGAUGUACUCAUUUAGAUAUGUGUGUGAUAAUUUUAUUGUAUAAUAUGUAAUACCAUAAUUUUGUGUAGGAUAAUUUACAAGCAAGGCAUUGAGCUUUACCAAGUGAAUGAAUUGAAAAAAUACUUUCCCAAGCUCAAAGAUUGAUUAGAGUAUUAUAUUAUUGACAUUUGCAUGAAUGAAGUAAACUAAGGUUACAUUUGUAUGUCGACCUUUUUGUCAAACAUUUUGAGCUUCUACACAAAGUUGCAGUAUCCCAAAUCGUAUUAUAAAGGAUUUUUAAGAAGAAAAUAUUUUUCGAUCACAAUUGUUUUAUGCCACGAAUAGUAUCAUAAAUAUUCGGAAGUCGCACAGAAUUUUUUCUACUUUAAACAAUAAAUCGGUAUGAAAUAUUGUUUUCGUCUGUGACAUCCUCAUAUGCGAAUCUAGUGUGUUCCAGAAAGUGAAAGACAACCUGCAUUUGAAGACAUGUCUCAGACAUUUGAUGGCGAAUACGUCAAAGUAAGGUUAUCGUUCGAAAUUGCAUGUGGAAUAAAGUGAGUGAUGACAUAAAUAAUUGUAUAUUCCA